AUGGCCGUCGGACGCCUGGCAUAUAAGGAGACCCUUUUGAGGAGCACAAGUUCUAUACUCAUGACUAUUGAAUUGCACUAUGAUAGCGCUGGCAAUGCAUACAGUCACGACCGAACUGGGAUGUGGCAACCACACCCUGGGAUCGCACAGCCAGUUGCACAUCCAUUGCACGUCUCACAGCCUGAUCCUUUUGUUCACACUGGGCUGAAUGGUACUGUGUCACUCACUCCAAGGACUGAUGGAACUUGCCCUCAGGGUUAUCAGUAUGCCCUUAACACCCCAGCCAAAUUCUCUACCCAGCAUCAGCACCCCCCUUCACCUUCCCCUGUCGCAAGCGGUUCACAACUCACUCAGCAUAAAUUCAACCAUAACACCAUUGAUCCGGUCCUCCGUCCGCUUCCCAAUGAUGCUGAUCUGGACUUAACUGACCCAGUGGUCAUUGCUGAGGCACAUGGCUAUGCCGCUGCCUCAAAAACAGCUGGGGCUCGUCGCACCACCAAAGCCAAGGGCAAGGAAAAAUGGGAAGUCAAGUGCGGGCGCCCAUCAGGCUCUAACAAUUAUACUACUGCUGACACCAAGGCACUUCUCGGCUUUGUCGAAAAGGAACUGCCACUAGGCCAGCGAGGCUGGCAGGCCAUACAUGCCAAGUUCUCAGAGUGGGCAACAAAAUGGGGACGUCCAGACCGAAAAGUCAGUUCCCUCAAAACGAAAUUUAAACAGCUCAUCAAGACUACCAAGCCCACUGGAGAUGGUGUUUGCCCUCCUGAUGUCACCCGUGCACAUCAAAUUGAUGCACUCAUCAACGAACGUGCAGGUACACGUGAUCUCAACGACAUGGAGUUUGAUGACAACUGUGAUGAUGACAAUACUUGCUCUGUCUCUUCGGCUCUAGAUGAGCCACAACAUGUGGCUGUUACGAAGGCCACACAUACUGAAGCUCCAGCUCUGCGACACAAUGCACAUGGUGCUGCUGUGGAGUUGCUAACUCGUCUGUCGGGGGCAUUCGAUCCUGCUACACAGCGAGCUCGUGACGAAGAACAAGCAGAUUGGAGUCUUGCUAAUACUCAGCUGAUGGCACAGGCCUAG